ACUCAUUCCAACCAACGCCACCACUCUCACACCAUCAGCACAUAGAGCCACCUCCACUCCAGCAGACACACCUACUGGGUGCCAAUAAUACAGGUGGGUCAGACCCUAGUCAAUCUAGUAGUUCCAACCUUGGGCGUUUGUCCCCGCUCAAUCUAGAAGAUGAAAUAAAUUUAGCAUUUACAGCCUCUCUAAUGCAAAGUAGUCUGGGUGAUCAGACUAUUAGCUUCAACGACUGAGCCCUCUCUCUUGUUGAGGCACAUGUUAUUUGGUAUUUUAAAAAUGUUCCGUGGCUACAUGUACUAUUAGGAAUAAUAAUGAAUCUCAUCUCUUUCUGCUACCAGCUGUCUCUAUCAAUCGAUUUCCCUCCUUCCUCUCAUCUCUCUCUCUCUUCGUGUUAUUAUUUAUAAUUCCAAAUGAAUUUCCUCUAUAAAACUUUAAACUCUUUAAUUAAACAGCAAAUUAAUUAUCAUUUUAUUUUAUGUGUACUAAUAAUUUUCUUUUCUCAAACCCUACUGCAAUAUUGCUUAUGUAUCACACAUCAGUUAUUAUUAUUAUUAUUAUUAUUAUUAUUAUUAUUAUUAUUAUUUUGUUAUUGUGAUUAUGAACAAGUACCAGCCAGGUUUGGCUUGUUGCUUUAUCAUCAAUAUUUGGCUAACAUGACAAAGAUUGUUUUUGAAGCUGACGCUGCUUUGCUUACUAUUUAUGCAUACACCAACCAAUACACGCUAUUGAAAAGGCAAAUGCACACACGCGCACAUAAAAUUUCAUCUUACGCUAUAAUUUAUUAUAAAAGAGUAGUAUGUCACAGAUAGUUGAAGUAGUACCCCAUAUGCUUUUUAUCUAUUCAGUGAGGUUAAUGAUAACUGGCACAUAUGCGGCAUCAAAACAUAGCUUUAGUAAGCGAACUUUAAUUGCUACUGUAUUAUUACUAAAGGCUAGUGUCUGGGGAAUUGAUUGUUGGUGGUUCAGCUACAAGAGAGUGUAGUAGUUAGUGGAGAGGAGAGAGUGUGUGUUUGAGAAUAUCAGGUGUGAAUGUAAUGCACAUGUCCCAGUCAUUGUAAUUACCAUAAAAGGAAGGAUAGUAUUUUCUUGGCAGCAAUUAUGACUACUAAAUUGACUUCAUAAUUAAACACAAACAACAAAUCUAAUAACUACAGGAAGAUGAGAAGAAUGAUACACAUUGAGUUAGCAGAAAUCUUCCAAAGUCAGCAGCUGCCAUUUACAAUGUCUCUACUGGACGAAUCUGAAGGAGACAGAGGAACUGUUCCUGGAAUCACAGCUGGGGUUAAACAAUGUGAACAAACAAAAAUAUUUCAAGACUCAAUUCAUGGAGCGAUUGAGCUACAUCCACUUCUAGUGAAGUUUAUUGAUACACCUCAGUUUCAACGUCUUAGAGACAUCAAGCAACUUGGUGGAGUAUACUAUGUGUAUCCUGGUGCAUCUCACAACCGUUUUGAGCACAGCAUUGGUGUGUGCUAUUUGGCAGGAGUAUUUAUUGAGCAGCUUCGUGAAAGGCAGCCAGAGCUAGGCAUCACUGAUCGUGAAGUCCUUUGUGUUAAAAUUGCUGGUCUUUGUCAUGAUAUGGGACAUGGACCAUUCUCUCACCUCUUUCAAGACCUUUUUAUGACAAAAACAAAUCCUAAAUUAAAAUGGAGGCAUGAAGAAACUUCUAAGGAGUUAUUGAAGCACCUUGUUGAAGUAAACAAUUUGCACGACCAACUUUCAAAGUAUGGGUUAGAUUGGAAAAAAGAUUCUCUCUUUAUUUUUGACCUAAUGAAAGGAAAGACUGAAGGCUUUGAUGAAAAAUCAUUUCUAUAUGAGAUAGUAGCUAAUGGCAUCAGUGGUGUGGAUGUUGACAAAAUGGACUAUCUUCUUAGAGAUUGUCAUGGAUUGGGGAUGAAAUCAACUUUUGAUUGGAAGCGGUACAUGCUCUGUUGUCGUGUGAUUCAGGCUGGUGAGGACAAUCAGUAUCGCAUAUGUCCUAGAGAGAAAGAGUAUGAGAGCUUAUGGGAAAUGUUCCAUAUGCGUGAUCGCUUGUUCAGGACUGCUUAUCAGCAUAAAACUAAAAGAUUAGUGGAAUUUAUGCUUAAUGAUGCACUAGUAAAGGCAGAUCCUUUUCUUCUAAUACGAACAAAGAGUGAUGGACUAGUGAAAAUGUCUAAAGCCAUAGGGCAUAUGGAUGCAUUUACUUUACUAACAGAUAGUGUCUUUUAUCGUAUCAAAACAAGCAAUGAUCCUGAUUUGCAUGAAUCACAAGAACUGCUUGAGAGGGUUGAAAAGAGAGAUCUAUACACUUAUAUUGAUCGUUUUCUGGUAAAAGAAUCCGAACCAUCUACUCCAACUAAUCCAAGAGUCACUUCUACAACACUAAGACCUGAUAAUACUGGUAUCGAAACAAGAAUUGCGGAAUUAGCUUGUGAAAGCAAUGGUAUACAAGAAACUGUCACUAGAAUGAAGGAAAUGAUCAAGCUUGAUGUAAGGCAAUUAAUAAUUGUUUUUUCAAUGUUAUUUUUGCAGCAAGUACAUUUCAACUUUGGAGAAAAUAAAGGGCCCAAUCCAAUUGAUAGGGUUUACUUUUACAUGAAAAAUUCACCAGACAAACCUGUACUUAUAAAAAGUACUCAGACACCUGGAACCUUCUUUCCUAAUCAUAAAGAUUUUGAAUAUAGACUGUACUGUAAGAGCAAAGAUGAAAGCAUUAUAGAAGCAAUCAGAAGUGGUUUAGUUAAAUUCUGCAAAGAGAGGAAACAUGCUUUUGAAAUACCUCCAGGUGAAGAUAUUUAAAUUGAUUAAGCAUCUAAUAUGAACACUGACAUAAUAUUAAACGUACAUAAUUGGCUACAUAAUACACUGUGUGUUAGAGACACUAUUGCACUAUUAGACCUAUUAAUAAAAAAAUAGGAAUGACGGUGGAAUAUUAUAUAAAUUUAAUUGAGUUAAUUAUUGUUUCAGCAGAGUGUGUAGUUUUCUGCAGAAUUAUUAUUAUUAA